AUGGCGAAAUCACAAGGCAUCACAGUUUCUCCUCCUGCGCAGCAGCAAGGAAGCAAAAAUGUUCAGACUGGACGUCCCCAGAAUAUACUCACCUUAAGCUUGACUAAAGGAAAUACAACAUAUGAUGAAUUUAAACAUGGAUUCCCAUCUGAUGGCUUAUCCACUGCAUCCAAUAAAUGGUGGGGAAGCAAUAGCCCUGAUGGUUAUGAGAGCAUCCAUGGAGAAGGAGCUGAGACUGAUGAAGACAAGAAACAUCAGUCGGAAAAAAUUGGCAGUCUGGAAGAAGGGCAAAAAGCACUUAAGCUUGGUGUUUUACGGGGUUAUGGUGAAGCUAGGCAGAAGGGAGAGGGCAUUGCUUCUCCGAAUAUUCUCUCUUCAAUCGUAGUUUGA